CUACGGUCUCAGACAAAAGAAGAAGAGAUGGAACCGAAUCCACCUGCAACAGUAACGAAGAAACUAUGGAACUAUGUACGCAUAGUGUUCUUCAUGAUGAGGAAAGGAAUCUCGAAGCGCAAACUGAUGAUGGAUCUUCACCUGAUGAUGAAACGUGGCAAGAUUGCAGGGAAGGCAAUCGGUAACCUUAUGUUCCACCACCACUCCAACUCCAACUGCCGAUCGCCUGAUUCGAAUCUUUCCUUCGUCGCACCUCAUGAUUACGAGUUUAGCUGCAGCAACAGCCCCGCCUACCCUUCCUUUUCUUCUUCAUUUUACUUCCCCUUCCACAUCAGCAAGCGUAAGGCCUCUCAGAACCACUCUCAGUCUCCCCAUUACUUCUCAUGUCUACACCCGACGGCCACCGACGACGACGACUUAACGGCCGUCAAUGCGGUGCAAAAAGUGCUGGAGAUGUUGAACGUCCAUGACAUAACGGAUGCGUCUCCCAUACCGUCAUCGUUUCCUGGGUUCGGAAAGAGUCCGAUGGUGAGGCAGUUGAGGAUAACGGACUCUCCGUUUCCGUUAACGAAUGCUGACGAGGAUAGCCACGUAGACAAGGCAGCAGAGGAGUUCAUUCAGAAGUUCUAUAACAACCUGAGGCUACAAAAUAGUAUGGCCGAGAAAAAACCUUAAAAAAAAAAGAGUCGAGAGCUGAGA